AUGGUGACCCUCCGUUAUUCAAUCCUUGCCGCUCUGGCUCUUCGCGUCGUCUCUGUAUUCGCUGCUGCUGAUGCAGGUGCAGAGUCGCCACUUUCCGAUAAUGCCGGCAGUCCUCCCGAGGUCGAGUUGAAGGCCGAGGUUGUCGCUACCUUCCCCGAAGCCGAUGACAUCUUCGGAGUGAAGCUUGUUAAUGGCCGCCCGACCAAAGCUGUGAUCGAUGUAACCAACAACGAAGAUGAGCCCAUCUUGAUUGCUUUCCUUGGCGGUCAGCUCCUUAGCCCAAAGGCCCUGACUCCCGAAGACAACCCUACAGCCUCCGUUGUUCGUAACUUAACUACCGUCCGUUAUGAAACCACUAUCCCCGCCGGCGAGAAGCAGUCGCUUCCUUACUCCUUCGUACUUGAUAUGUUGCCUCAGGAUGUGCGCCUACAGCUUGUUGCUGUCGUUAGCAACUCUGCCAACCAGAUCUUCCAGGUUGGUGUUUACGACCAGACCGUCAGCAUCGUCGAGGCGCCUACCAGCAUUUUCGAUCCUCAGAUUAUCUUCCUAUACGUCGUCCUUACCGCUGCCUUCGCCGGCACUAGCUACUUCGUGUACAAGACCUACAUCGAGGCGCUCUUCCCCCAGGCCAAGCGCACUCCCAGCACCAAGCCCAGCAAGAAGGGCCGCACUCCUGCCCCCGUUGUCGAGAAGGAGCCCCUAUCUGGAGGUGAAGGCUCUGCGACCGGUACCGACAAGGGUUACGACGAGAGCUGGAUCCCUUCGGACCACCUGAACCGCCCUGCCGCGCGCCGUGUCAAGAGCGGUGCCAGCAGCAAGUCCAAGGCCAAGGUCUCUGAGUAG